AAUUACGCUAUGCUCUCUCUCUAGUCUUUUAUUACUCUGUCUUGCCCUGUCGCGAAAUCUUCUCUAAUCAGUAAUCCCCAGAGUUAACUAGUAUUUAAGCAACCCAUUUCUAUACAUAUUACACUAUCUCCACACUACCAUUAAUCCUAUACAAUUUUUUGUCCAUCUUCUCAAUAUUCAUUGUCUUCUCUCUACUAUCAUCUUUCAUUUCAUCUUCUCAUAACAUUUUCCGGCCACAUACACUUUGAGAUACUUACCGGGGAAAAAACACACACACACAUAGUGUGAUGGCCGGAGAGCGUUCAUUGGAGGAGACACCGACGUGGGCGGUGGCGGUGGUCUGCUUUGUGUUGGUUCUGAUAUCAAUCAUCAUUGAGCAUGUCAUUCAUCUCAUUGGACAUUGGCUAAAAAACAAGGACAAGCCUGCCCUUUUUGAGGCACUUGAAAAGAUCAAAGGAGAGUUGAUGGUGUUGGGGUUUAUUUCAUUGCUCCUAACAAUAGGUCAAGACUACAUUUCUGAAAUAUGUAUUUCCAAGAAAGUUGGAAAUUCUUGGCAUCCUUGCCAGAAAGAUAAAGAAGACGACGAAAAACCAGAUCCAAAAUAUGAAAACAGUUGCACGAAAAGGGGUAUGGUACAAUUUGUGUCUGCAUAUGGUAUCCAUCAACUCCAUAUAUUCAUCUUUGUGUUAGCCAUUUCUCAUGUGCUCUACUGUAUCGCCACCUUAGCUAUGGGAAAACUCAAGAUGAGAAAAUGGAAGGCUUGGGAGGAUGAAACAAGGACACUAGAGUACCAAUACUACAAUGAUCCUGAGAGGUUCAGAUUUGCAAGAGAGACAUCAUUCGGACGUAGGCAUCUAAAUUCCUGGAGCGAAUCCUCGAUUCUCCUCUGGAUUGUAUGUUUCCUUAGACAAUUCUACACAUCAGUUACAAAAGUUGACUAUCUGACACUGAGGCAUGGUUUUAUCAUUGCACAUUUAGCACCUCAAAGUCAAACAAAAUUUGACUUCCAAAAAUACAUUAGCAGAUCACUUGAAGACGAUUUCAAAGUUGUUGUGGGAAUAAGCCCAAUAAUAUGGCUCUUUGCAUUGUUGUUCCUAUUGUCCAACACCCAUGGAUGGGUUUCAUAUUUCUGGCUACCAUUUAUCCCUCUGAUUAUACUCCUAAUGGUGGGAACAAAGCUGCAGGUGAUCAUAACAAAGAUGGGGUUGAGAAUUCAAGACAGAGGGGGUGUUGUAAAGGGUGCACCAGUAGUUCAACCAGGGGAUGACCUGUUCUGGUUCAACCGGCCUCGCCUCAUUCUCUUCUUGAUUCACUUUGUUCUCUUCACUAAUGCAUUUCAGUUGGCUUUCUUUGUCUGGAGUUGGUAUGAAUUUGGCUUGCGCUCAUGCUACCACGAACGCCUUGAAGAUAUAAUCAUCAGGCUCUCAAUGGGGUUCAUUGUACAAUUUCUGUGCAGCUAUGUGACUCUUCCUCUUUAUGCCUUGGUCACACAGAUGGGAUCUAGGAUGAGACCAAACAUUUUCAGUGACAAAGUGGCAAGUGCUCUAAAAAACUGGCAUCACACUGCAAGAAAGCACACCAGACAUGGCAGACACUCGGAGAACAUCACACCAUACUCAAGCAGGCCAGCAACUCCAGCGCGCAGCGUGUCCCCAGUUCACAUGUCCCCUGUUCAUCUCCUGCGUGACUACCAAAACAAUGUCGAUGACAGCCUUCAAACGUCGCCAAGGGCAUCAAACAUAGACAAUAAAGUCUCGGACCUUGAAUUGUCCCACUUCCAACGCCACCAUGAUGUCGAUGAUUUUACAGAGAAUGGACAUGGUGAUCAACCAGAACAGGAAACACCACAACCAAGUUCCAUGAAAGAGCCUUCUGCACCAAGUUUUAAUAAAGCUCAACAUGAAAUUCAAAUUAGUUUAAGUGAUUUUUCAUUUGAUAAGAGAUGAUUAUGCUUUAGGAAAUUGGUCACAAGGCAAUAUUGUUAUCCAUCAAUAUUGUUAUACAUCCAAAGUUUAUUUGUUAUUUUUGCAAUAAAUUUUUUUCAAUGUUUCAACAUUGAACUUGAGCACUUCAUUUGCUUCUGAUAUAAUAAUUUUUUGCU